GCCAUCUUGCUCUGCGGUGCGGUAUUUAGAGCGCAGCGGCUGCCGCCCGGUCGCCUCCUCCAGCAGCCGCUCCGCCUCUGCCCGCGCCGCCGCCCCGCCGCCCCUAGCGCCACCGGCCCGCUCCGCACCCCCCGCGCGCAGACAUGUCCGAGGCCAAGGCCGGCCCCGAGUACGCCGCCUUUUUCGGGGUCAUGGGCGCCACGACCGCCAUGAUCUUCAGCGCCCUGGGUGCUGCCUAUGGCACUGCCAAGAGCGGGACGGGCAUCGCGGCCAUGUCGGUUAUGCGGCCCGAGCUGAUCAUGAAGUCCAUCAUCCCGGUGGUCAUGGCCGGCAUCAUCGCCAUCUACGGCCUGGUGGUGGCCGUGCUUAUCGCCAACUCCCUCAACGACAGCAUCACCCUGUACAGGAGUUUCCUGCAGCUGGGCGCCGGCCUGAGCGUGGGCCUGAGUGGGCUGGCGGCCGGCUUUGCCAUCGGCAUCGUGGGCGACGCGGGUGUGCGCGGCACCGCCCAGCAGCCGCGACUCUUCGUGGGCAUGAUCCUCAUCCUCAUCUUCGCCGAGGUGCUGGGCCUCUACGGGCUCAUCGUGGCCCUCAUCCUCUCCACCAAGUAGCCGCCCCGCCCCGCGGAGACCCCCUCAUUCCAGAAUGAUCCGCCCGCCGCGCACGACCCCAUAGCUGGUCUUGUAAAUGCGCCGUGUCCUAGUGCCCCGUCUGUCGCCCACCCCGCCCCGUGCGUGGACAUCUGGGCCCCUCGAUCCCCCAUCAGCCCCCCGACCACAGGGGCCCGCCCCUCCCCGCGUGCCCCCUCCCCAGAGUGAAUUAGACUUGUCAUUUCUCUCCACUGGAUGUUUAUUUAUGACUUGACCUGUUCAUUCAUCCCGGCCGGAGGAGCCCUUCCGGGAGGCGCCGCCCACCCGGGCGCCGGCGUCCAAUAAACUUAUCGGAUGUGA